GUGCGGACCCUGCCCCCUGUGUCUUCCCCUUCACCUACAAGGGCAAGGUCUACACGGCCUGCACAACCGAGGACAGUGACCGGCCCUGGUGCGCCACCACCGCCAACUACGACCAGGACAAGGCCUACAGGGUCUGCUCCGAGGAGACCUAUGGGGGGAACUCGGAAGGCCAGCCCUGCUUCUUCCCCUUCGUGUACAAGGGCAGCACCUUCCACACCUGCAUCACGGAGCAGCGCCACGGGGCCCAGCCCUGGUGCGCCACCACGGCAAACUACGACACGGAUCAGCGCUGGAGCUACUGUUCUGACACAAUGCUUGGCGGGAACUCGGAGGAGCCCUGUACGUUCCCAUUCAGCUACAAAGGCAAGAGGUACACGGCUUGUACCAUGGAUGACAGCAAGCGGCCCUGGUGUGCCACCACGAGCAACUAUGAAGCAGACCAAAAAUGGAGGUACUGCGGCACGGCAGCCUAG